CCCGGUAGCAGGCUGUAUGUUUAGGGGGAGGUUACAGUAGUUAGCAUCACACUUCACCAGUGAAACUGCCAGCGUCAGCUUUGUUAAGAGGAACCAGCGGAUCAAUGUAUGUUAUAUACCGCUGAGAAGACCGUAGACCAAAAGGAUAAAACGUUUCCGUGAGCGCGGGGAGGAUGUCUGUCCCGGCAGGAGAGGGAUGACGAUGACACCGCUGUUGUGGCGAAUUGUGUUACUGUGGCUAGCUGUUGUCUUUUGUUGCUAUGCUGGUUGCACGGAUUUGCACCAAGAGGCCCAGAGCCCUGUGCCUUCAAAGGACAUCAGCUCAGAGGAAGAGCCUCAGGAAAACACUCAUCAUCACAAGGUCGAGGAUCGCCUGAUCACACCUGGCCCAUCUGAAUCGGAAAAUGAGCCACCGACAGAAGACGGUCAUGUAAAAGAGGAGCAGGUGCCACACGAGGUGGACCAAAAUGAAUAUGCUAAGCAGACCUUUGAAGCAGAGGAGCCGGCUGUAGAGGUAGAGCUGGAGGCAGACAAAGGAAUAUCAGAUCCUGAGCACAGCUCUGAAAGUCAGCACACAGAAAUCUCCGUCACUCGAGAUCAGGAACAUGCCUCCCCGCUGCCUUCCCCCGACUCUGCCACUGGAUUUUCUGCUGAGACUAACGACAGCCCCAACACAGUUAAUCUUGAAGACGGCAUCCCCAAGGGUGUCCCGGGUGAUGCCUUAGAUGUAGCUGCUUCUGAGGUCAAUGAUUCUGACCUUCCUCCAGCUGAAUGUGAGGAAGAGAAUAACCCAUAUGACAAUGACAGCAGCCCUCCAAUUGUUCUGGAGAACACUUCCAAUGCUCACACCGCAGGUACUAAAACCCAAACCGAUCUUCCUGUGAGUUCUUCGCCUGUUCACCUAGAAGCCAACGUGUCACACAAACUGAAAGAGCAGGACUUGAACUCCCCUGGCACCACAGACACAGAUUCAGCUGUGAACAGCAAAGACCCCGAGGACAUCCCUACUUUUGAUGAGUGGAAACGCAAGAUGAUGGAGGUGGAGAAAGAAAAAACUCAGUAUACUCACACCUCCAACAACGGGGGUUCUCAUACAGUGAAGAAGGUCCAGAAGAACUUCAAUAACUACGCCUCAGUGGAGUGUGGAGCUAAGAUACUUGGUGCUAACCCAGAGGCUAAGAGCACUUCAGCCAUAUUGAAGGAGAACAUGGACUUAUACAUGCUAAACCCCUGCAGUAAUAAAAUCUGGUUCAUUAUUGAGCUCUGUGAGCCCAUCCAGGUGAAGCAGUUGGACAUCGCCAACUUUGAACUCUUCUCUUCUACUCCGAAAGACUUUCUCGUCUCCAUUAGUGAUAGAUACCCAACAAAUAAGUGGCUAAAGCUGGGAACCUUUCACGCCAGGGAUGAACGCACGGUUCAGAGCUUCCCAUUGGAUGAGCAUCUUUAUGCAAAAUAUGUGAAGAUGUUCACCAAGUACAUAAAGGUAGAGCUGGUCUCUCACUUUGGCUCUGAACAUUUCUGUCCCCUUAGUCUCAUAAGGGUGUUUGGCACAAGCAUGGUGGAAGAAUAUGAGGAGAUAGCUGAUCCCUCAGAAAGGCCAGAUGAUCAGGACGAUGAAUUGGAUUAUCCCUCUGGAUUGGCACCUGGUGAGGUCAAAUUAUCCAAGAAUCUAAUUGGAUCAGCGAAAGAUGCUAUUUUGAAUAUGGUAAAUAAUAUUGCUGUCAAUGUUCUUGGGGGAGGCCAAGAGAUGAAUGGCAGCCUUCCAUCGCAAGAAGUGAACCUAACUGAGCCAUCACAGCAACUUGAAACUACCACUGAAACCACUACUACUACUUCAGUUCCAGACUCUGAACAUGUGCAGAUUUCACCAAACACUGAUAUGCCUGAAACCGUUCCCCGCUCUGCGGAAAACUCUGUCCUAGAGACAUCGUCCACAUCUGAUGGCAGUGAACAAGAGCUCCCACCCAUGGAGGAAAAAAUUGUUCUUCCUUUAGAGAAAGAUGAGGAAGAACAUAUCAGCUCCACAAUCACUCUUCUGGACAAGGAGGAUGACUUGGAAGAGGAAAAAGAGAAAAGGGAUCAUCAUGAGAGACAACAAGAAAGCUUAAACUACUGCUCUCCACUUUCUUCUACGUGCUCUUGUGCAGCUUCUCUUCUGGAGUAUUUCCAGCUGCAGUGUUCAGCCUCACUAUCCAAAAAAAGGAAAUGCCAAGCAGCGGAAAGAAAGCAAAUCAUUUCUUCCACCCAAACACCAUCUUGGCACCAACCUCUACAUUCAUCUGCCCAUCCUGAACCUCAGCAGCAACCAAGUGAGGUACAUCAGCUCCAAGACAAAGAACAGGCUUCUGAGCAGGAGCCAGAGAGUGAAGCUGUAGAAUCAGAAGUAACACAGCCUCCAGGGAACACAGAAGAAUCCGUAUCUGAACCUCGUCUGCUGGAGCCCAGUCAGACCUUGAACGUCCCCAAACUCAGUGCUGCUGAUUCAUCUGUAGCCAAGCCUACCCAUAUUGUAGAAACACCACAGCUGUCUACUGUGGAGCCAGCAAAGGAGCCAGGACCAGACAAGAGCCAGGAUGUGCUGGAAGAAGAGAUGCACAUUGAGCCUUCAGCCUCUCUCAGUAGCUCUGUCCUUGUAAAACCAAGCACCAGUGCCACAGCGGACGACGCAUCAGUGGCACCACCAGAGGAGAAGCCAGACAUUGAUGUGACUCAAGUAGAAAAAAAUGUCCUCAUCCAAACCCAGGAUAAAACGGAUCAAUCUCCAGUUCUUGUACCCACUGCCUCCCCUCAUUUAGAACAGCAGCCUGACUCAGCUGUUGGACCUGAAAGUGGCACUGCUUUUUCUGAGGUAUCCCAGCCUGUUCCAGAAACUGUCACGGAAACUGAGCCUUCUGGUGGUCAUGCGGUCAUCACUGAUAUGAAAAUGGAGGAUUUUGCAGAUGACAUCGCAGCAUCUUCGAGUGGCAACGAUCAGUUACCUCGCCCCUCCUCUCCAACUCCUUCUUCACCCACCUCAGCAUCUCUCUCAGACAUCUAUGCAGAUCCCCCUAAUGGCACAGAGCAGAAUGGGAACCCAGUGCACAGCUCCAGCCAGAAAGAAUCUGUGUUCAUGAGACUCAACAAUCGCAUCAAGGCCCUGGAGAUGAACAUGUCACUGAGUGGGCGCUACCUGGAGCAGCUUAGCCAGAGGUAUCGAAAGCAGAUGGAGGAGAUGCAGAAGGCUUUCAACAAAACCAUCAUUAAACUCCAGAACACUUCCAGAAUUGCAGAGGAGCAGGACCAACGUCAGACUGAAUCCAUCCAGCUGCUGCAGGGUCAACUGGAGAAUGUGACUCAGCUGGUUCUCAACCUGUCUGUCAGAGUCAGCCAACUGCAAAAUGAGGUGUCAGACAGGCAGAAUUACCUGCUGCUGUCUCUUGUCAUGUGUUUGUGUGUCGGCCUCCUACUGUGUGCCAACCACUGUCGCAUCAACACUGUACCUCCAACCACAGAACCAGAGCCCCCAGCGUCUAAGAGCUACACCUACUUCUGUCCUGAAAGCAGGCAGUUGUCAUGCUGUGAUGAACUGGGCUUGAAGAGGAGUGCGUCCUACCCACUCAUACACUCUGAGUCAUUCCAGUUAGCCACCACUGAAGGUCCAGAAAUGCUGCAUGCAGAGGGAACACAGAGUCUUUGUCCAGUAAACAGAAAGAGGAGACGUCGUAAGAUGAAACUCAUCGAGAAGGUGGAGACCCUGAAACCCUCCUUGCAUUCUGCUCCUGAACUGUGCAAUGGAGACGUAUGCAACGGAGCACCUGUCACCACAAACCCCAUCCCCCUUACAAAAAGUUUGCUUCAACCUACCUUUAGAGACUCGCCAUCAGAGGGCAGCUCAGAGGGCUCUUCUCAUUCAGAUGACCCCUCUUUCUGUGGGAUCACCGCAGCCUGCCCUCGAAUCUGUGAUGGCCUCCCUCCACCCAAGACCCGAGCAGAGAAACGGGCAUGGCGACGCAGGCGUCCCAAGCCCAGCUGCGCGGUGGUGGAUUUUCUUCACGCUCCACAGAGGGACAAAAGUGAACCAUUGCCCAUUUCUACCAUAGAAGACAUCAUGAACAGGAAAACAGAACAAAGCUCUAAGACAUUUGUCACGCUCUCAGGUCCUGUCUAACUUAAAAAGAGACAAAAACAGCACUCCUCUUCACUGACUGCUCAACUCCUUCAAAAAGAGGAUGGCUGUUUACUUCUGUAGCCAAAGGCAGCUUUAAGCUUCAACAUGAGACAAUGUAUUUGCUCAGUGUUCAUUUUAUUUUCAUGACCACUGUUCAGUUCUUGUCAUGUGUAUUUGUAAUACUUCAAAUCAAAGAAAUGUCUUCCCA